UGGCUGCAGCAAAAAGCACAGAAUAACAUCCCUGGCUCCCCGCUCGCCUUUUUUCCCCCUCUCUCCUUGCGUCUCGGCAAGCAGAUGAGGGCUCUGCUCACGGCGCUGCGGAGGCAAUGUUGGGACUUAGCUGGCGUCAGAAGCAGAUUCUUUGGAUGCCAUCAACAAGUUAAGAGUGGAGGACUCGAGCCAUGAGAGGGGAAGGAUUGAUAUUGAAGUAAGCGGCUCAUCAGACAUCAUUGCAGAGGAAAGAAAAGGGUGAAAAGAAAAAAGGGAGGAGGAGAACCUCUAGCAGAAUUGCAGGGACUGCAACUGCUCAACUUAGGAAAAAAAAAACUGCUAUACUUCUAGGAUUUGCUGGACAACGACAACAAUUUAAACCACUAUUGGAUUUUAUGGGACAGCUAAAAAAAAAACAGGAGUAACCAUCUUGGGACAUGGAAAUGUCUAUUUUCUCGCCUUUGCGUGGGCUCAGCAUUGUUUCAUUCCAAAAGCGGUUGGUUCAUUUUGUGCUUUUCCUAAAAGGUUCUUUCCAUUUGGAUGUUUUUUCCAUGUGGGUGCUCAAAAAGUCUGCAAAGAAGGACGGUUGAAUGCGGCUUCCGAUGUGCACAAAAGAAUGGGUUUUCAUUCAAGGUGGCCAUUGGUGGGACCUGCACCAGCGGCUCUUUGUCUGUACAUGAUCAGCAUGCUCCUUGUGUGCCUGCUGCCUUCUGCAUCAUGCACAACCUGCCCUCAAAAAUGCCGCUGUGAGGACCUGCAGUUUUACUGCGACACCCAAGGACUUCAGGCACCCCCAGAUGGUGUGGACAAAGGGGCCCUAGGGCUUUCACUACGACACAACAGCAUCACUGAACUUAGCCCUGAUCAAUUCUACGGCUUCAGUCAGCUCACCUGGUUGCACCUCGACCACAACCAGAUCACUACGGUUCAAGAAGAUGCCUUCCAGGGGCUCUACAAGCUGAAGGACCUCAAUCUGAGCUCAAAUCGUAUCACCAAGUUGCCCAAUACAACCUUCAUCCACCUCAUUAACCUGCAGAUUUUGGACCUGUCCUUCAAUCAGAUGACCGCGCUAGAACCAGAAUUGUUUCAUGGAUUAAGAAAGCUCCAGAUUCUCCACCUACGAUCCAAUUUACUUCGUACCACACCCGUUCGUGCAUUCUGGGACUGCCGUAGCCUGGAAUACCUUGGUCUGAGCAGCAACCGUCUACGAAGUCUGGCACGAAAUGGUUUCGCUGGGCUCAUUAAACUCAAAGAGCUCCACUUGGAGCACAAUCAGUUGACAAAGAUCAACUUGGCCCAUUUCCCACGCCUCGUUGCUCUCCAAUUUCUGUAUCUGCAGUGGAAUAAGAUCAACAACAUAACAUGCGGCAUGGAGUGGACCUGGACCACUUUAGAGAAGCUGGACCUUACGGGAAACGAGAUCCGUGUCUUGACACCCGAUGUCUUUCAAACGCUGCCAAAUCUCAAGAUAUUGCUGUUGGAUAACAACAAAUUAAGUAGUCUGGAUGCCCAAGUCAUGGAUAUGUGGCAGUCUUUAAGUACUAUUGGCUUGUCUAGCAACCUCUGGGAAUGUACCAAAAGGAUUUGUUCGCUAGCCACUUGGCUAAGCACCUUCAAGGGAAGGUGGGAACAUUCCAUUCUCUGCCAUAGCCCCGAAUAUGCCCAAGGUGAGGAAAUACUCGAUGCUGUGUAUGGAUUCCAACUUUGCCAGAAUUUUUCAGCACCAGUUGUUCAGACCACCGGUACAACCACAGACGCUACCACAGCUGCAGAGAUGACAAGCUCCUUUUUUGGAAUUAUGCAGCCAACCCCUACGCAGGACUAUGCAGAGGAUAAUUGGAGCUACUCCACAUUGGCAACCACAACACAAACACCUAUCAUUUCUCAAGCAACCACCACUGCAUUGGAAGAGGCAGCUGUAACAGAUGACUUCUCCAUCAUGGACAAUACCGUUAUGACUCAUCGGGUCAUCAUGGGGACUAUGGCGCUUCUGUUUUCGUUCUUUUUCAUCAUUUUUGUUGUAUAUAUCUCACGGAAGUGCUGCCCCCCCACUCUGCGCCGGAUACGCCACUGUUCCGCUAUUCAGAACCGCCGACAGAUGAGGACCCAGCAGCGCCAGCCUAUGGCAGAUCUAGCUACGCAGGUGCCCUAUAAUGAGUAUGAGCCCAGCCACGAAGAAGGGGCACUUGUGAUCAUUAAUGGCUAUGGGCAGUGCAAGUGUCAGCAACUGCCUUACAAAGAGUGUGAAGUAUGAACUAUUUAUUUCUAGGACAUACGGUUUGCCAUUUGACGAAACAGGGUUUGAUUUUUUGAUUCGUUUUGCAGUUCAUGUGGAAAAUAAACACACACACACACACACACACACACAAUUUCUACUUUCCGGGAUUUGAGAACACAUGACAUAUGCUUACUGAUCCAAUGAAAGACAUGAUGGUGUUCGGCGAUGUAGAGAUAGGCAUACAUUUAUUUUUCUAUGAGUGCAAGUUGUUCGUAUAAGGCAGGGGCAAUCAUUUUGAACAAGUGUCAACUGUGAGAUUUGUCACCACCUUAUGUCAAUAUUCCUCAGCACAGAACAAACACUCAAACAUCAAAUGACCCUCUGUAAACUACAUUAAGUGGAAACAUUACGUGUUGCUUUUUAUAGAUAUCUGAAAUCACCUUUUAUUCACACCACAGAAACUGUAAACAAGUCAACUAACAGACACCAAACUAUAAAUUGGGUAAAUGUAAUGGUUCUGAGAUGUGAUACAUUUGCAUUAACAAAACCCAAUACACUCUUCCUGAAGGGACAAUGCGAAUGGGACAAUUUCUAGCAGGUUUCAUGUUUGCAGUAACACUGAUUUACACCUCCAACUAGUGCGCGAAAAAAAAAAAAGAGGGUUUUAUACCUCCCGCAGACAAUGGGUUUGUUUCAAUACAACAUUCAGAAAUUGCAUACACAUUCUUAAAAUAUCCCAUGACACUUAUCUACCUAGCUACUGCGCUGGUGAAUGAUUAACAAGGAAACGCUAAUGAUUAGCGCACAUGCCAGACGGGGGACCAUUUUAUUGUGAAAGAAAAAAAAUAAAAUAAAUCAAAGCUUUCCAUACCCCGGGCUCUUUACAGCUACCACACUAAUAAGGACUGACAGCCCUGAGAUUAAACCAAUUACGGCAAGGCAAAAGAAUCAAAUAUUCUGUCACCCACACCAGUGAUCCAGCAACAUUUUGCUUGUUCAGUCGCAAAUAUGUUUCUUAAUAGGCUCAAUCUCUAUGCUCAACAAAAGCAUAAGUGAUUCUUUUUAGGAACUUGUUUUUAUUCAGAGACAGACUCAAGAAUACUUCUAUACUAUGACAGCUGCCGGGUGUCUCAACCAAAACUGUGGACAAUACCAUGAAAACAACUGGAGAUCAAGUGAUAAGCAAACAGCAUGCCUGGGUCAGGAGACAUUUGUAUGCAGGAGGGAGAGGAUGUGCAUUAGCAUCAGACUAAAGCUGCUGCCGCAGCUCCGCACUUCUUUGUGCUUAGUUUGGUGAUGGGGGGCAGGGUGAAGGAGAGACACACAGAGGAUAUGAUGUUGAGCAUGGAAAGAGCAAAUGGAGGGGGGGGGGGGGGUGUAAAGUACUUGUUUAAAGUCAUGUGCAUAUUUCUGACCUUUUGAAAUAUGUGGAACAAUAGAAACUGAGUGUUAACACAUUUGGUUUGCAUUGAAAAUUCAACAUUUGACUGUACUACAACUGGCAAUCUUAGCAAAAUGUCAAAGUAUUCGAUUCAUAGACCAAUAUUACAAAACACCCAAACAAACACGUGUGCAGGUGUCAUUUGCAGUUUGGUCUCGUCACGUUGGUUUGAAACAUCCAAAUCAAUAUUUGUGUCUGUGUGGCAGCACAUUUUCAUGAGAUGUGUGUUCAUACGUCAAUAAUUAUUCCAUCUAAAAAAGCAAAGGGAAACCGUGAUUUCAAAAUCAAACAGGUCUGCUGUGUUGUUACUUUUCAUUUCCUUCAGCUUCGCACUGCUAGGACAACAACCCUUUUAUCUGUCUUGCAUGUUUCAAAGUGCCAUCCAGGAGACAGAGACGUUCAUUUAUGGUACAGAUAAAAGCGAGGAUUACAUGGCAUUCCAAUAAAUUUUGAUCAACUAUUUGACAUUUCACUGUUAAAAACUAUGGUUGUGCCAUGUGAUGGAAAAGCCACAGCAUUUGUAGAAAUAUGCAUCCCACUGCACUUUGGCUCUUUGUAAAAUGUUUUUGUUUCCUCUUGUCAUCCUUUAGCUCCCUAUCCUGCCAGGAAAAAAAAAGAAGUAAAAAACAAAGGAACCAGAUUCCUCCCUCUUGCCCAGCUUUUUCGUGCAAAAUGAAUGCUUCGCAUAUUUUGUAUUGUAAAUGUACAAUUUCAUAUCUGUAUAGUGCAUAAGAUGUGCCAUCAUGAUCAAAAAAAAGUAUCCUCAAAAACAUAACAGUAUAUUUUUAAAUA